AUGGGAAUAUUUAAAUCAGGAUCACCUGCAGAUUUGAGAAGAUUUAUGGAUAAGAGAUUAGAUAUUAAACUUAAUGGUAAGAGACAUAUAGUUGGCUUACUACGAGGAUAUGACAACUUUAUGAAUUUAGUAUUGGAAAAUACAGUGGAAGUUACAUCAAAAGGAAAUAAGGAAAUAGGUACUGUUAUUAUAAGAGGAAACUCUGUAGUUAUGUGGGAAUGCCUCGAUAAGGUACAUAUUAAAUAA